ACAUUGACAGCAGCUCUCAUCACUACAGCUCAACACUGGUGUCGCCGGCAGGCUGAAACCCAUUCAAACACACAUUAAAUCACACACACAGACUCUGAGUGGCAUCUUCAGCACACACCAGGACGCCCUUGGACUGCUGCAGGCUAGGAUGAGGGUGUGGUCAUGGGAGCAGUUUAGGGAGACAGGUGUGGUCCUCCUGGGCUUCUUGACGCUGACGAUGUCUGUGGGAAACCUGUCCACCAGAGGCCUGCAGGAGGAGGGUGCAGCCUCCAACAGCCUGGAAGAUCAGCAGGAGGUGACCACCUACUGGUGGGGCGAGUGGGCCAAAUGGACUGCCUGCACUCGGACCUGUGGAGGGGGGGUGAUGUCCCAGGAGCGUCACUGCCUCAAACAGAGAAAGAAAGUUACUGCUGGGAAGGACAACAUGACCUGCACAGGAACGGCCAAGAAAUAUCAUCUCUGCAACAGUGUAGACUGUCCUGCCUCUGGAAGGAGCUUCAGAGAGGAGCAGUGUUGGUCGUUUAACUCACAGCGUUACAGUGGGAGGAACUACUUGUGGAAACCUCUCUAUCCUGAUGAUUAUGUCCAUAUCUCCAGCAACCCCUGUGACCUCCACUGCACUACGACCGACGGCCAGAGGCAGCUCAUGGUGAUGGCGCGAGACGGCACUUCCUGCAAGUACAGCAGCUACCGCGGCGUCUGUGUGGAAGGUACGUGUGAGCCGAUCGGAUGUGAUGGGGUUCUGUUCUCCUCCAACACUUUGGAUAAGUGUGGUGUUUGCCAGGGAGACGGCAGCAGCUGCAGCAAAGUCACCGGGAACUUCCGGCGAGGAGCCACGACUCUGGGUUAUUCUUUCAUCACCCAAAUCCCUGAAGGGUCCUGGGACAUCCAGAUCAUCGAGAGGAAAAAAUCAGCUGAUGUUCUUGCUGUGACAGACCAGGCAGGAAACUUCUUCUUUAACGGCGCCUAUAAGUUGGAUAGCCCCCAGAACUUCCAUGCAGCAGGAACCAUCUUUAAAUACCGACGGCCCAUGGACGUGUAUGAGACUGGGAUCGAAUACAUUGUCGCCAAAGGCCCCAUCGACCAGGCAAUCAAUAUCCUGGUGUGGAACCAGAACGGCCGAACGCCCUACAUUACCUACGAAUACACUGUCCUCCGGGACUCCCUGCCCCCAGUCCCACCUCCUCCAGUCUACACGGGAUCAGACACCUCAACUGGGGAGGUGUCUGUGGAAGAAGACAGCCUCACGCCCCCUAACGGCAGUGUUUAUGACCAGACGGUUCCUGGGACCCAGUUGGGGACAGGUGAGGCCGACGGACAGAAGGGCCAGGAGACCAACGAGGUGUUUGAGGAGAAGACAGCGAUCGACUGUGACGAGGAUGAAGCAGGGGUACCGGUACCAAAACUUACAGAUAAAGGAAACAGCAGCCAAACUCACAGCACUGUCAAACCUCCCCCUGAUGGUGGACUCCUGGACCCGGGACGUGAUUCCACGAACCUCAUCUGGAGGGUUCUGCUGGAUGGACGGAUCAGUCCGGACGAGCUGCUGAUCAACAUCUCCACCAAUCAGCUGCUGACGGAAGGAGAUGCCUUGUUCUCACCUGAGGUGGGCCUGAGUGACCCGGAGCGGGCGGUCCCAUUGGAUCUAAACGAGACGCUGGAGUUUGCUCUGGGACACAAAGGCAACGACAGCGGAGACAACCAGAACAGGACGGCCCAGACGGUCGCUGGCCGUUCCAACAGAACCAGGGGGAAUCAAAGGUUCUACCAGAAGAAUCUGAAGCUGAGUGCUGCUGAUAUGUACCGCUGGAAACUUUCAUCUCAGGAGCCCUGCAGCAUGACCUGCUCUAUAGGCGUGUCCAAGUCCUUCGUCUCAUGUGUUCGUUACGAUGGGGUCGAGGUCCAUGAUAUGUACUGUGAUGCUCUGACCAGACCAGAACCGGUCCAUGACUUUUGCAUUGGUAGAGAGUGUCAGCCGAGAUGGGAGGCGAGCAGCUGGAGCGAGUGCUCCCGGACCUGCGGGGAGGGUUUCCAGUUUCGUCAGGUUCGCUGCUGGAAGAUGCUGUCUCCAGGCCUGGACAGCUCGGUCUACAGCGACCUCUGCACCAUGGCUGACCUGGAGAGACCAUUGGAAAGGCGAGCGUGUAAGAGCCCCACUUGCGGCCCACAGUGGGAGGUAGCAGAGUGGACAGAGUGCCCUGCUAAAUGUGGCCGUAAAGCUCAGGUGACCCGAGAUGUCCGAUGCUCCGAUGAGACCAGACCAUGUGACCCCAUGACCCAACCAGCAAACAUUAAAAACUGUACUGGACCGCCCUGCGAACGCCACUGGACUGUGUCAGAGUGGGGCCCUUGCUCAGGCUCGUGUGGCCACGGCAGGAUGGUUCGUCAUGUGUACUGUAAGACUCCGGAGGGCCGCGUGGUUCCUGAAAACCAGUGUCCCCCAGAGAACAAGCCGCUGGCCACCCAUCCCUGUGGAGAGAGGGACUGCGCUCCACACUGGCUGAGCCAAGACUGGGAGCGGUGCAACACAACAUGUGGCCGAGGAGUGAAGCGCAGGAUUGUCUUGUGUGCCGGCGUCAGCGGAGGAAAGGUCCAGAACUUUGAUGAAGAGGCGUGUGGAGGCAGCGAGAAGCCUGAAGACGAAGCCACGUGCUUCGAGAGGCCGUGCUUCAAAUGGUACACCACCCCCUGGUCUGAGUGCACAAAGACAUGUGGCGUGGGAGUGAGGAUGAGGGACGUGAAGUGUUACCAGGGCAGGGAGCUGGUCCGAGGUUGCGACCCCCUCACCAAACCAGUGGCCAAACAGACGUGCACCCUGCAGGCCUGCCCCACCGAGCCUCCAGAUGAGAGCUGUCAGGACCGACCCUCCACCAACUGCCUGCUGGCGCUGAAGGUGAACCUGUGCAGCCACUGGUACUACAGCAAGGCCUGCUGCCACUCCUGCCGAGCUGUUCGACCAUAAUGGUCUCGGAGGCCACCACUGCAGCAUCUCUCCACCUCGAGCUCCCAACACCAUAUUGAGGAACCAAAUGACACUCCCUGACCAUGGGGUCAGGGUUGUUAUCUGCACCUCUCAGCCACAUGCAAGCAGUGUUUUGACUUAGGACUUUUCUUCUUAAUGUUUUCUGAAUGUUUUACUAUGUGUUUCCAUGCAAACCAAGCAUGCACACCAUUGUUUUGAACCUGCUCUAAAUCCUACACCAGCAUCAUCGUUGCUUUCCUCGCCUGAUCAGCUUUGUGUUGACAUCAGGUUUUUUAGCUAAAAGGCUGUUUUACAUUUAAAGGUGUAGCCAACUUACUAGCUAUACACAGGAUGCUUUAUCUUUUGUUUUCAUCCAUCUUGAAAUCAAAAAUUAUCGCCCCCUAUUGGCCUGGCGUGCUUCUUUCAGCACUGUUUGGAUUUCUUUUCCAGAUUUUUGAGAUAUUUUGUCCAAAUGGACGGGAAAAUAACUGGGAUUGUCCAAAUGAGGCCUUAAAUUUGUAGAGCAGCCACUGUGAAUAACGAGGAAGCGUUUUCUUAAAAGCGGAACGUUAUUAGAUAAUUUAGGUUCUCUUUUCGAUCUUAUCGUUUUUCUGUUUUGCUAUAUAGACUUUAAGCCAUUUUGUAUCAACUGUUAUUGAAUAUUUAUCAGUUAUUAGUUCUGCUGUGGAGCCGGAGAUGAAGAGAAUUUUACACCUUCUGUCGUGUUCAUUGCUAAAAAAAACUAAAUUAUUUCCCGGCUGAAUAUACUGCAUGACAUUAUUACAGAUACUGUUUAUGAAACCCUAUUUAAUGUUGUUUGGGCAUCCAGCUCACUCUAACAUGAUGGGAGAAACAUUCCGAUUCGACCCGCUGCUGUUUGGCGCGUUGCCGGCACGCCUGCACGAUGUGGGAGCAUAUUUAUUAGUCAUAGCACAUUUUCAUUUAUCGCGACGGUCCCGACGCCAGCUGACGGUUCUUAAUCGGGUCAACUGAUGCCAGUUCUGGUUUGGUCUCUCUGGGGAGAGUCGGUGGGAGCACAGACGGAAAGAUUCCUGACACUUGAAGUAUGGCUGAAAUGUAUUCAGAUGUGUAUUUUAAACGGUCGUGUACUGUGUGUUUUUAUAUAACUGAUACCUCUUUGUACAAAACUGAAGUAUGACCAUUGUGUACUGUUAAUAUUAGCUGAAAACAUGAAAGUACUUUUAUUUCCAUUAAAUAACAGUUUGAAUGAACAAAUGCUUUUUGUUAAUAAAUGAAUUUCUACACAGCAGAUUUA